UUUGCCUUAAUUUUAAUCAUAAGAGGGUUUCCUUAUGAUUUGGGGGAGCGAUGCUUGGUGGUAUGCCCUUCACUAAUCAUCAACAGUUUGCCAUGACAAAAUACAUGCAUGAAGAUGGAUGACUCUUCAAAUUAAAGAUGGAAGCUGACUUUCUCACAAGAAAUGGUUAUAGCUUACAAAAAUGAUUCAUUGCGGCACCUGGAGACCUCAGUAUUAUGUCUUUGUGUGAAGACAUGCUGCUUUGUAAUUAUCGCAAAUGUCGCAUCAAACUCUCUGGUUAUGCCUGGGUCACUGCCUGCUCACACAUCUUCUGUGACCAGCAUGGCAGUGGUGAGUUUAGUCGUUCACCUGCUAUCUGCCCUGCCUGCAAUAGUACCCUCUCUGGAAAGCUAGAUAUUGUCCGCACAGAACUCAGUCCAUCUGAGGAGUAUAAGGCCAUGGUAUUGGCAGGACUUCGGCCUGAAAUUGUGUUGGACAUUAGCUCCCGAGCACUGGCCUUCUGGACAUACCAGGUACAUCAGGAGCGUCUCUAUCAAGAAUACAAUUUCAGCAAGGCUGAGGGCCAUCUGAAACAGAUGGAGAAGAUAUAUACUCAGCAAAUACAGAGCAAGGAUGUUGAAUUGACCUCUAUGAAAGGGGAGGUCACCUCCAUGAAGAAAGUGCUAGAGGAGUACAAGAAAAAGUUCAGUGAUAUCUCUGAGAAACUUAUGGAGCGAAAUCGGCAGUAUCAAAAGCUCCAAGGCCUGUAUGAUAGCCUGAGGCUACGUAACAUCACUAUUGCUAACCAAGAAGGUAACCUUGAACCAAACAUGAUUGCACAAUCUGGUGUUUUUGGCUUUCCAGUAGGGAACAACUCCAAAUUUCCUUUGGAUACUACACCAGUUCGAAAUCGCUGUGGUGGAGAUGGAGAGUUUCAAUUCAGACCAUUUUUUGUGGGUUCUCCCACAGCACCUGAACCCAGCAACAGCUUUUUUUGUUUUGCCUCCCCAAGUCGUGAAUUAGACCAGCAGCAGGUCUCUAACAGGGCCUUUAAAGUAAAAAGAGUUUAGCUUACUUCUCAGAAUGGUUUUCUGUUUAUUUUUAGUGAUUUCAUUUAGCAAAAAAUUCUUGAUUCUAGUUAGCUGUCACCAACCUGUUUAUAUAAGUCUUUGAAGUUGUUUUCAUAGUUACAACUUAAAAGGAACUUAGUCGCGAUGGGGGAAAUAACUGAGUCUUUUUUUCCUCUAUUUCCAUUAUGUAAAGCAUGAGCAUUUUAUUAGACUCAAUUUCAUUGUGAACAGUUGAGUUUUCACCAAUAGUGAAAAGGCUACAAUAUUAUUGGGUCUUUUGUAGACCAUUUGUUUCUGUCUGCACUGUUUCAGAUUGAACUAUGUGUUUAUGUAUCUGUACAUAAGCACCUGUGUUAUAAGUCUGCAUCUCCGCUUUGGUUCUGGUGUCUUUGAAUAUAUGUAUGUGUGUUUAUUUACAGUGAUAUUUUGCCAGUAUAUUUAUUUUAAGAAUUUGAUUUCAGGAAAUGGUGGAUGAGUCUGUUAUUUGAGUGUGUACAUUUAUUUGUAUGUAUUCAUAUAUUCAUUGUAUUAACUUUUGGAGGUGUACUCAUGUUACUGAAUGAGAGUAGGAUUUGAUACAUGAAUGUUGAGUUCAUUUUUUUAUUUAAAGAUAAUUCACAUUGAUAAAGUUAUUUUAAAGUUGAUUUUUUGACAUCUAUUUUAAAAUAAAAUUACU